CUUGAAGUGUUCAUCAUACGCUUGGCCCCCCCUUCCUCUCUUCCCCCUUCUCACUGUUCGCGCUUUAGGGCUGAGGCUAAAUUGCAUGGGACGGAGCGUGGCGUCGCCGGGCGGUCGCGUGUGCGCUUACCACGAGGCAGAGAGACGAUUGUCUCAGGAGAAGGGAAGGUAUUAAUGCUCGGGCUGUUCCCAAUCCCAAAAUAAGCUCUCGGCGCAUGGGUUCUCAACUCAAUGAGGUAUCGUGCAAAAAGAAAAUGAACCCCCAUGUGGCGCGCCUGCAUGGUAAGCUCGGUUGCCGCUUACAGUACCAUCGUAGCCGGGGGGUCCAACGGUGUGUUCACCCUAGCGGGUUGAGCUCUCAUUCAAGUACUCGGCUGGCAGCCUAAUUUCACAUUUGCUCUUGUCUUCCUUUUUGGUCUUGAUGCCCUUCUUGUUGUUCAAAUUGUGAUCAUCAAUCGCGCGCGUACGCGUUUUAUUUCCUUCCUCUUCAAGGCCUCGUACAAUUUGGAGUAACGGAGGAGGAAACUCGACACAGAUUUUUGGCGGAAUGGCCGAUCCAAUCCAGCACCGUCUUCACACGGAGGCAACGGCUGCGGCGCCGGUACCAGCAGACCAGCCCGGCCUCGAGGCGGCACCGAGCCGGUACUCCACCGCGCCGAUCCCGUACGACCCUUCCGAGUUCCAGAGCCCGUUGGAAAAGUCGACGUGGACGACAAUGACGCAGGCCUAUCAUCCGGCGCUCACUUCCGCCGCAGCGGCAGACGCGCCGCCGCCGCCGGAGAGACGACGCGUUCUCGGUCUGACGGUGCCUGUCUUCUGGGGCUUGGUGAUUGCGCUGGUGGUCAUCCUUGCUGGGGGUAUCGCCGGCGGUGUGGCGGGGGGUUUGGCGGCGCAGAAGUCCAACAGUUCGGCCGUGUCAGUAGAUCCAUCUUCAACAACCUCAGCAACAGCAGGCUCGCAAUCGGCGCCAACAACCUCAAGCGCAAGCUCAGGCACAGGCGCCCAAUCUUCUAGCUCGACAGCAACCUCAUCCACCACCCGCUCGAUCCCGACGGGCAUCCGCGCCGCCCCGACGGACGGCGGCUGCCCGAGCAUCAACACGACGACCUACACGCCCACCGACGCCGGCGGCAACGCGAUGAAGAUCGGCUCCGGGUACUCGACGCAGACCUUCCGCCAGCUCUGCGAGGUGAAUUACCCGUCGGGCGCGGCGUACGGCAACCCGGCGCUGUAUGAUAUCCUCAAGGUGUACGUCUCGACGUUUGAGGAGUGUAUGGCGCUGUGUGCGGCGCAUAACCAGGCGUAUGGGAGUAAUCUCGCCAGCGGGGAUGUCAAGGCGGGAGGGUAUUGUCGGUCUGUUGCUAUGAUUAAGUUGCCGGGGGAGUAUUGUUACCUGAAGAAUGGGACUGGUAAGAUGGACACGCAGGGGCACGCCAGGGAUUUUGUUAGUGGUGUUGUUAUUUCUGGGCUGCCGGAUGCGUAGGGCUGAGUAUGUGGGAAUGAGAUGCCUGGAGUCUUUGGGCUUGGGGAGAGGCUGGAGUAAUGACAUCUAUCGAACGGC